ACAAUUGCUUCCCUAUGGCUUAAAGAUAAUUUGGCUUAAAAAUCACUUAAGCAUUAUUUAAUUAUCCAGUUUUAAUCUAGAUCAUCUCCAACAUAAAGAUGUACAGGUACAUCCUUUAUUGACAGUUAUGAAGUAAAUAGUGCUUUAUACAAAGGUACACUUACUAAAAAUUGAGCGACUGAGCUAAUCUUGCUGGGCAGGUUUGGUUAGGGCUUCGAGCAGGGUUGGGCAAUACUAGGAUAACUCGUAAUCCGAAAUCCAGUAAUCCCAGCAGAAAAUGCAAAUUUUAAGUAAUCCACAAACAAGUAGUCAAACUAUAUUUUUUAUAAGUUUGCGCCUGACUAUUUAAAUUUUUUAGCCAAACGGUAGACAUAUUUUUAGUCAAAUGUAUGUCUGCCGAGUUGCUAAAAACCACAAUUUUUAGUAAGCCGAAACCUUUUAAGCUGUAAUCUAACAAACCAGGCUAUCAAAUUAAUCUCAAAUGUAAUAUACUCCACCUUAGCAAUCCAAAGAAUACUUUUAAACAAUUUUUCUAUAAUCCGUCCAAACUCUUAGGUUUGCCCAUCCCUGGCAUUCAAUUUUGUCGAUACGACUUACGAAUCAUUAUUCAAAUAAGUACCUGGACCAAAUCGUGUACAUAAGUUUAGUUUCAUACAUAAUUUACUGUUAUUGUUCUGUUUUGAAUGUAUAAAAAGUCGUCUCGAGACUAAGACAAGGUACUCCGUUGGGGUACAUUUCACUAGUGAUAGGUACACUCUUAAAAAUAAUGUUACCAUUUUGAACAGUUAAUACACUCUGGAUUCGAUCUUUAGUAAACUAUACAAAAUCCUGGGUAACGUUAACUUGAUAAAGAGUACAUAAAGUUUGCUCUGGAUUAUGUACAGGGUGGCUAAAAUGUCACGCUACAAUGGAAAAUUUGUCAAUAGGAAAAAUCCCUAAAUCUCCAUUAAUUACAAAAUCUUUUGUUGAGAUUUUUACAAUUAUUACCUGAUGGGACAUUGAUGACGAAAUUCUUAAAAUGUUGAAUUUUACAGACAAAAUUUCGGGAACUAAUGGAAAGUUACGAAUUUUUCUCAUCGAAAAAUUUUACAUUGUAGCCACAUUGGCAUUUUAAACACCCUGUAUAAAUAGUUUCGAUCGUAUUGGAUUUGGAGUGCAUCUACUUUUCAAAAUGGUUUGAUCAUUUUUAAGAGUGUAUCCCUAAAUUUUUGUUAAACUCAAUUUUAGGUAUUCUCAUCCCACACUUGAUAUCGUGAACAGUUUGUAUUUUUCGUCGAAUUUCGUACAUACAUAAACUAUUUAUAAAUUUCAUUCUGCUGGGUCACCUUGCUCUGCAAAUUUUAUAAAUAUGGGUCCCUUCCAUGCCUUGUUGCCAAUCGGGUUUGAACUUUCUUCCGACCACUCCGUUUCUCAGUCCCACACAUAUUCUCAACUUGCCUCAUUAGAACUUUUAUAUCAUUCUGUAAAAGUAGCUUGUAUCCUUAACUGACAAUACAAUACAUUUCGAUUAUUAGGUGACAUAUGUAUACCGAAGUUUCAUGAUUUCUUUACAUCCACAUAAUUCAGUCAUAACCCAGUCUCGAGUUCCCCACAGGCUUUUCUACAUAUGUAGGUCUUUCAGUGAAGGACGUUCACUCUAAAUAGAUAAUGUUGAGACAAAUCGUAACCCCCGGAGUUACUUACAGUGGUCAGUUUCUCGCUAUCUGGACACAACACAGUUCUUGUGAAAUACGUAUUAAAAUCCACGGUCAAUUGGCAACAUCUUUAAGCAACGACUAACACCUUCAAAACAUCACACCCGCUCAGGAUCCUCAACAAUGAGUAAAAUACUACAUUUCUUCAUGGUAGUUCUCCAUCUGCCGUUAUGGCUUUUCGCUCCCUUCCAGCUUUUGGCAUUUGUUCCGAUUUACCUGGUCAGAAGUGCGGUAAAAUUGUUGGCAUUCAUGUUUAGACCCGACUUGAUUUCCAUGCUUGCCCCGCUGGACGGAAUGUUCGCGGCGGAUGAGAUGUACAUCUGUCCAAGGAACACGGUCGUGGGUUGCAUGGUGCUCGAAGGGAUUACAAAUUCGGACCUUAUCUGGGAAAUGUUGCGGAAAAAUAUUUUGGAAGCCCGAUGUGAAAAAGAUCCGGGACAGUUGAUGUAUCCCGAAUUGCGGAGAACUAUAACGCACUGGUUGGGAUAUCCUUUCUGGACUGAGAGUGAAUUACCCUAUGGUGGAAUCCGUACCCACGAAAAGGAAUUAAGCCUCGAAGAACUGCACAAAUUCCAGGCCCAACUAACAUUUCUACCCUACCGGAAAAAUGCGCCGUUAUGGGAGCUCGUUGUGAUUAAGAGGAUUAUGGAUGGACCAAACACUUCUGCCGUUUUGUUCCGGUUUCACCACGCCCUUGCCGACGGGCCCGCCAUGCUUUCACUUCUCCGCAAAAUGACAAGUCUGCAAACUCCCAAAAUUUGUAAGCAAGUUGUUCCCGCACCAACAAAGGGUACGGGUUAUGAGGCGCUCAGGAUCUUAGGAGCACCGUACGAUAUUAUCAACCAGGAGAAAGUAUUGGGCAAAAAUGAUUGGCUAAUCAAAGAUAAGCAGGGUUGGACCCAGUGCGACUUCAACGCACACUAUUCUACCGUAGCUGCCCGACUCCGUUUCCAUUCCAGUGAAUCGAUCCCAUUCAGCAUAAUUCGUCAGGUGGGAGGGGCCCACGGGAUGUCGGGAACUGCGGUGUUGCACUCGGCCAUGUUGGGGGCUGUGAGAAAGUCGUAUUUUCCUAAUGAGGCAAAAUCCAUUUCCCGCGUAACGGUGCAGACCCCACAGCUCUCCGUGUUGGGGAAGGGACGACGUCUCCUUGGAAAUAAUGUCACGUUUGGAUGGUACUCGGCCCACAUGGGGGAACUUAAUGUAGUAAAACGUCUCCUUGAGACGCACGAAGGUCUCCUCGCCAUGAAAAGAUCGGCCUGCCCGGUAGCGUUGGCUGUGUUCGUGCGCGCCCUGGGUAGCCUGCCGCGCCCCGGGAUAAGGAAGUUUUUCCAGGGGAGACACCAAGAUGAAAAAAUUUUCGUCUACAAUAUACCCGCGCCGGGAGAAGUUGAUAAUUUUUGCGGGUAUAAUAUCAAGCAUAUCGAGAUGACGGUGGGAUCGUAUGCGGGGAAUGCAGGUCUCGCAAUUACUUUUAUCACUGCUGGAGGUAACUUGAGAAUUGGGGUGCUCGGUGAUGAAAACGUCCUCUAUGGGAAGGAUCAGGCAAAAGAGAUAAUUCUAAAUUUUAUGGAGGAGCUGGAGGCACUAAAGAAUGCGAUACCACUAUCAAAAGAAACUUAUUGUGGGGUGUAAAAUAAAUAUGUACGGAUGAAAUUAUUAACUGGGCAAAAAACAAGUAAAUAAAGCCUUUCAAUUUAUUUUUUCACGACAAAAUGUAAAACAAACAUUUCUGCCAAAAUAAAUAAUUGUUCAACAUAUUGAAGCCCCCUAUGCAGGUGGAUAUUUAACAUUAAACAUCCAUUACAAGAAGAGUGGAAAUGUUUCUAUUGAGAAUAAUAAACUCUUUUCUACCAAAAA